AGUUAACCUAAAGCAAGAAUCAGAGUCAUUAACGGAGCCAGAGAGUGUGACUCUAGACCCAGGUCCAGAGGAAGGAAAAGCUUCUGAAACUGACAACGGAAACAGUCCACCUGUGGAAAACCAAGAGGAGAAAACUGAAGAGAAUCCAGUUAUGAACUUCUUCAAAACACUAGUGACUUCCACUAAAACAUCCAAAAAGGAAACAGCUACUCCUGAUGCCAAAAAAGAUCAGUCCCAGAAGGAGAGCCAACCAGCGGCAACCACUACUGCUGCACAAGUAUCUGAGCCUCCUGCAGCAACCAAAGGAAUGUCUGUCCCACCGCCACCUCCUCCAGAGCCACCAAAAAUGGAAAUCAAAGGAGAACAAGCUGCCAAACCUGUGAAACCCACACCAAAAGAAGAACCAAAAGCUGCUGCAAAGGAACCCGAGCCCUCAAAAGGAAAAUCAGCCAAAGACACUCUGAGCAAGUUCUUCCGCCAAAAGAAAGUGGAUCCCUCAAAAGCUGGCACCCUGGAGGCUGCUGCAAAGCCCGAACCGCCACCGCCUGUUCAGGAGGAGAAGAAACCAGCCUCAAAGUCAUCCUUCCUUUCUCUCUUCAAGCCUAAAGCUGCCGAUCCCAAGAAGGCAACCCCUGCCCCAGCGGCCGCCGCAGAGGCAGCUCAGACAGUUAAAGGCAAGGAGGAACCUAAAGCAGCAGCCAAGUCGUCGGAGGUGGUUGUAGAUAACAAACAAGCUUCAGGGGCCCCCCAAGCUGGAGAUGAUGCAGCCGGUGUUCCCAGAAAACUGGAGAAGAGGAACUCCAUCCAGCUGUUCUUUAAAAAUCUGGGUCAGAAACGUCAUUCUACAGACGCCGGAGUCCAGACAGAGCCGGUCGCUGCUGCUCCAGCAGCAGAGAAGGCCAAAUGAAGCCAAAAGCCAAAGUGAGGUUUCCCUGCACAGACUCCAUUUCUCUCACUCAAUCUUUAUCUCUCUCUCUCUCUCUCUCUCCUCAACCCUUCAACCCCUUGAAUUACCUUAACUACAUUUUUUGUUUGUUACUGUUUAGACGUUGCAAUAUGAAAGGAAAGGUUACGGGAUAAAAGGACACACAUAUAUGUCUAUAUAUAUCUAUCUAUAUCUAUCUAUAUAUAUAUAUAUAUAUACAUACACGUACAUACAUAUGGAUAUAAUGUCUUGACAAGUAUCGCAAUGUGAUAGUGAAACCUUUUUCUACAGACAUUUAAUGUGACUUGUCUCCGAUCUUGUGAACUUGCAACCUAACACACUGGGCUUAUGCAAUAUACGGUACCAUGCUUUGCUUUUAGCAAUUAAUUUGUCUUAAAAACACAGUGCUAUAUAGGUUCAUACCAGAAAAAUCAUGCAGAGGUUAAUAGGGAACGAUAUAGAAAAAGGUACUUAAACGUACAUGACAUUAAAACCGACAGCUCCUGAUAGCGCUAAUAAGAGGAGCAUGUCUGCAUUUACAGAUUUUUUGACUGUAUUUAAGAUGUGUGUAGACUAAAGCACAUAUGUACAUAUCUUAACAGUCAUAUAUUGGGCUAUGCAGGAAAUCACAAUCUUUAGUGUUCUGUGGGGAACUGAUUGUAAGUAUUCAUGGUAACAAAUGCAUCAGUGGUGGCAAAAUUGUGUCGUUGUGCAAAUGUGUCCUCGUGGUAUGUUUUGCUUUUGUAUUAGUCGUAAAUCACAGACGAUUAGCUUUUAAUCUGAUAGCAGCACUUUGUGUCAUGUCAUUUAACUGAAGCCUUAUGGUGUUUGUCAUUUGUGUAAGGCAUAUGUGCAAUUGAUAUCAUGCUUUUGUUUGCCUAUCUUCAUGCGUGUAUGUGUAACUUCAGUUAUCUUGAAGA